GGCCGCGGGAUGGACCUGAUGCCAGGGUACAGCAACAUCAACACGGUCUACGACCACUCUGGCUUCCAGUACGACGUGGGCACAGGCAGGUGGAGGCCGCCUACGGAGGACGAGCUGGCGGCGCAGGAGCGGGCGGACCGGAGGCGUCUCCGGCGCGAGGCGGGCGGCUCGAGAGCAACGCCGCCGAGGAGCCGCUCCGAGAGCCACCUCUCCGCCGUGCCGCCGCGGCCGCUCGGCUCUGGCAGCGGCUCCAGGCCCGCGUCGGGCUGCAGGAGCCAGCUCUCCGCGCUGGGGUCGUCCGUGCUGGCCUGCAGCAUCCCGCCCGCGAGGUCGUCGCUGGCGUGCAGCCACCCCCCGAUCUUCGGCUCCUCCUCGGACUCGGUGUGGGCGGACGUCCAGUAG